UAUAUGGUAAGAUGGUACUGUCAACAUGAUUGCGCCAGCCAGCAGCCAGCAGCCAGCCGAUCAGCCUAUCCUUGUCGCCACUCAAGGCGACAUCAUGAUACCACGAGACCAUCGAUAUCUCGGGAUUAUUUGCGGAAAAAGAGUGGGCCAAAAUAAAUGCCACGAGGUUGGGGCGUUACCCUGCAUACUCGCACCCAUCGGUGCUGGCUGAGUAAAAACUCGUAGGCCCGACCGGGUUGCUGGAACUUUCAGUCCAUUGUCAAAAGUGUGUGCAUGCCUCUCUCCCGCAUCGCACGCUCUGCUACACGCUCAACUCGUUCGCUCUCCUCUUUAGUAAAGGUCCACGCUCCUCCUCGCGCGCUCCUUCUCAUCCCCUCCAACACCUACAGCUCUUCCCUCGUUGGCCAGAGCUCGUUCCACGUACGCCCCUUCCACUCCACCUCCCCCAGCCUCAAGAAGAAGAUGCCACCCAAGAAGAAGGCCGUUGAGGAGAAGAAGGUCAUUCUCGGCCGUCCCGGCAACAACCUCAAGAUCGGUAUUGUCGGUGUACCCAACGUCGGCAAGUCGUCGUUCUUCAACACCCUCUCGAAGACCGACCUCGGCAAGGCUGCCAACUUCCCCUACGCUACCAUCGACCCCGAGGAGGCUCGUAUUCCCGUCCCCGAUGACCGCUUCACUUGGCUUUGCGAGGUCUACAAGCCCAAGUCGGAGGUCCCCGCGUUCCUGACCUGCAUUGACAUUGCCGGUCUGACCGCCGGUGCGUCGACCGGUGCCGGUCUCGGCAACGCCUUCCUGUCGCACGUUCGUGCUGUCGACGGCAUCUUCCAGAUGGUCCGUGUGUUCGACGACGCCGAGGUCAUUCACGUCGAGGGUGAUGUCGACCCUGUCCGUGACAUGGAGAUCAUCUCGACUGAGCUCCGUCUCAAGGACACCGAGUGGCUCGAGAAGGAGGUUGAGCGCCUGAGGAAGGUUGUUCGCUCGUGUGGCAGCGUCUCACUCGCCGACAAGGCGAAGAAGGAGGAGCUUGCGACCGUCGAGCGUGUGCUCAAGCACGUCGCCGAGGACAACCGUGACGUCCGCAAGGGUACCUGGACCAACAAGGAGGUCGAGAUCAUCAACGGUCUUCACCUCCUCACGGCCAAGCCCAUCACCUACCUUCUCAACCUUUCGGAGCGCGACUUUGUCCGGAAAAAGAACAAGUGGCUCGCCAAGAUCAAGGCUUGGAUUGACGAGAACAACCCAGGAGACCAGCUUAUUCCCUUCUCGGUUGCCCUCGAGGAGCGCCUCGUGUCACUGUCCGAGGAGGAGGCCGCAGAGGAGGGCGAGAAGCUCGGCCUUGGCAAGAAGAACCCCUCGGUUCUCGGCAAGAUCACCACCUCUGGCUACCAGUCGCUCCACCUCAUCCGCUACUUCACUGCCGGCCCCGACGAGGUCCGUGCGUGGACCGUCCGCAAGGGCAUCAAGGCGCCCCAGGCUGCCGGUGUCAUCCACUCGGACUUUGAGAACAAGUUUGUGUGUGGUGAGAUCAUGUCGUUCGAGGACCUCAAGGAGCACGGCUCUGAGGCUGCCGUCAAGGCUGCCGGCAAGCUGCGCCAGCAAGGCAAGCCCUACGAGAUUGUCGACGGUGACAUCUGCCACUGGAAGUGCGGAUAGACGUGCUUAGAUCAAAAGUGUACGCUCGCGCGUUGGCCAGGUUGUGAUUGAUUGUCAUAGCUAGGGCAGCGGAGGGAGUCGAGUUAUAGUGUCCGUGUGCCAGCGCGUGCCGUGGACUAGCAUCAGCAAACAUGCAUCUUGUACAUUUGUAA